UAUCAAGGUAGACAAGUUCGCCUUGAACCAGAUACCUGAACACAGGCCGAAGUGACCACACGCACUCAGGCAGACCCUCUGUCAGCGGGUUUCCCCUCCUGGGAGGCCAGGAAGGGGAGCUUCUUCAAUUCUCAACAUUGGGAAAAUGUUUUUCCGACUCCAAAGACUCACCCCAGGCUACAUCAGAUUACUGCAGACCCAAGCCUACCAUAAUGUAUGCGUGGUGCGCCCUCCUGAGAAGACCAUGCCUGGCAUGGCUAUGCUCCUAGGAGCUGUGGGGAUUGGGAUGUGUGGCUACAGCUGCAGGCAGUUGGCUCUCUACCACCGGCCUUCCAGCCGUGUGCUACAGUGGGUUGGCUCGCACACUGACGCCACCAUGGCGGGCGCUGCUGCCCAUAGGACCCCCUUCCUUGAUGCCACCUACAGGGCCGGAGCCUGCCAGGAGAUCUCCCCACCCUCCUUUGUUGGCCAGAAGUUUGUUUAAAAUGAGAUUGGUCGCCAUAGGUUGAUUCUCAGUAACCACACUUGUGAAUGUUGAAGAUUGGAGCUAUGCUGGCCCAUUGUGUAAAUGAGGCCCAUGUGCUCUCUGAUGACAUGUGAGUGUGGGUAUCUGGAUGAGUCAACAUGUGUGUUGACAGGAAGUCGGAUGUAACAUUAGUUUUGUGGAAUUCUGUAGUUUAUGCAAUAUGAGGAAAUAACGUCUUUAUUUCUAACAAUAGUGUAUCAUUUCCUUCGCAGGCCCACUUAUUGCUCAAUGUAGUUUGCUUAUGUUUAACAUAGAGACAUUGUAUGACUUUUGGAUGACGCAAAAAGGGACUAAAGCUUGGCAGUAGUCCUUUAUGCACAGAUAAUUUGGCUAAGUGACCUCGCCUCCCCAAGAAGAAUCAACCCAACCUAUCCCAUUUUGAAGACCUCUGAAUAGAGCAGGUACCAUCCAUGAGCAAAACCUCUCAAUUGAUCUAGCUAAAACUGUUAAGGACAAUGUAGAGGUUGGAGGUAAUCUUUGUAACCCAAUUAGCAACCCAUUGUUAGAACCUUGAUCAGGAUGAUGGUAAUGAAUACCAGGAAGUGGCAACGUACUGUUGUUUUUACCGGAUUACAUGAUAGUGACAUGCAAUGUAGAGCGCAGGAUUAAGCCAGGUGGCAAACCACAAAACCACUAAUCUGGUUUACAAUGUGUCUGUCACUCUUAAGAGAUACACAGUCCCUGUGCAUCCCAACAUUGUACCUUUCUCCCUGCAAUGUCCACCAAUUGUCUCACUGCCAUACAUGGAUUUGAAUGAUGUUGCGUUGGUGUUUUUGUUUGUGUUCACACCAAUGAAAUGAAGUCAUUGAAAAGAGGGGGCAUGUAAUUUGGCGAGGCAUUGAGUGUGGUUGAGAAUGUGUGCUGUGCCUUAGGGAGAGCACAGGGUCUAACAGUCAGACUGAUUCAAAGUGAAGAGUUUUACAUAGACAGGACCGCAGACCACAGGGAUGCUUCUUCUGUGCUACACAAUGAGGCUUUCCUGUCCGACUAAACUCGACUCAUAACUAGUUGUAACAGGUUGGGAGUUUUUGGAGAGACAAUAGCAGACUUUGUGAAGUCCAUAUAACUCGGACACAAAGACAAAGUCCAUAAUCCGAUCAGCAAUGGACGUUGAAAAAUUGGAACAAGACUACCACCUGUAAAGAUGUUUAUAAUUGUUGGUCUCCCAGUAACAUAUUCAUCAGAGAGGAAACUGAGCAUGCAUGUACAAUAUGUAUUGCAUUGUCUGACAGACAUAGACGCUCAUUCAAUGCUCUCUCAGACGAUACGUAGCAGUCAAUAUGGGAUGGGUUGCAAGUUAAGUAAUGUACCUGGCUGAUUCUGCCCAACUCAAAUUUUUUUUUUGUUGGCACUGCAGUGUUUUAGAGUGAGCGUGGAGCUCUGAAUGAACCUAUUGAUCUCAAUCAUUACAGUUGGGGAGGAGAGACCUUGGGCUGUGCCUCUGCAGCAAACUGCCUCACUCACUGCUUGUCUGUUUAUGAGGGUUUACUGUCAAAGAUGUGCACUGAAAAAAAUGGAAUACCUACAAUAUAGGGAGUGUUUUCUUCCAGGUUGUGUCUCUUACAUUGUGUAGGUGUCACUCUAUUGCUGUAUGUAUGAGUCUACCUAAAGUUGACUUGAGCUGUGCCCUUUAGAUGAUACAAAUGUAAUGUCAGAAAUUCAUUGUGAAAUAAAAAGUAUCAUGCAAGCUUCCCGCA